UCAGGGAGACCGAUGUGGCCAAGAAAAUAAGCCACAUCUGUUUUGGCAUGAAAUCUCCAGAAGAGAUGCGUCAGCAAGCUCACAUUCAAGUGGUCAGCAAGAAUUUGUAUAGUCAGGACAACCAUCACUCUCCACUGCAAUAUGGAGUGCUGGACCAUCGCAUGGGAACCAGUGAAAAAGACCGUCCCUGUGAAACCUGUGGGAAAAGUCUGGCUGACUGUUUAGGGCAUUAUGGGUACAUUGACUUAGAACUACCAUGCUUUCACGUUGGGUACUUCAAAGCUGUGAUAGGCAUCUUACAGAUGAUCUGCAAAACCUGUUGCCGCAUCAUGCUGUCAGUGGAAGAAAAAAAGCAGUUUUUAGAUUACCUAAAACGACCUGGCCUUACAUAUCUUCAGAAGAGAGGGCUAAAAAAGAAAGUGUCUGAGAAGUGCCGAAAGAAAAACACUUGUCCUUACUGUGGGGCCUUUAAUGGAACUGUGAAGAAAUGUGGUUUGUUGAAGAUAAUACAUGAAAAGUACAAGACAAAUAAGAAAGUUGUGGAUCCAAUAGUAUCUACUUUUCUCCAGUCCUUUGAAACUGCCAUUGAAUAUAACAAAGAAGUAGAACCCUUACUGGGAAGAGCUCAGGAAAACUUGAAUCCUUUGGUGGUAUUGAACCUCUUUAAAAGAAUCCCAGUGGAAGACAUCCCUCUACUUCUAAUGAACCCACAAGCAGGUAAACCUUCAGAUUUGAUCCUCACACGACUCCUGGUGCCUCCACUGUGUAUCAGACCCUCUGUUGUGAGCGAUUUGAAGUCUGGCACCAAUGAGGACGAUUUGACAAUGAAACUGACAGAGAUCAUUUUCCUCAAUGAUGUGAUAAAAAAGCAUAGGAUAUCAGGAGCCAAAACACAGAUGAUUAUGGAAGACUGGGAUUUUCUUCAACUGCAGUGUGCCCUGUACAUUAACAGUGAGCUCUCUGGCAUACCCCUCAACAUGGCACCUAAAAAAUGGACCAGAGGUUUUGUUCAGAGACUUAAGGGAAAGCAAGGUCGGUUUAGAGGCAAUCUGUCUGGAAAGAGAGUGGAUUUUUCUGGCAGAACAGUCAUUUCACCUGAUCCUAACUUAAGAAUAGAUGAAGUAGCAGUGCCUAUUCAUGUUGCUAAAAUAUUGACCUUUCCUGAAAAGGUGAACAAAGCAAAUAUUAAUUUUAUGAGGAAACUUGUCUGUAAUGGUCCUGAUGUUCAUCCUGGAGCAAACUUCAUACAGCAAAGGCACACCCAAAUGAAAAGAUUUUUGAAAUAUGGGAACCGAGAGAAGAUGGCCCAGGAGCUGAAGUUUGGUGACAUUGUGGAGCGACAUCUGAUAGAUGGUGACAUCGUCCUGUUCAACCGGCAGCCGUCUCUGCACAAGCUGAGCAUCAUGGCUCACAUUGCUAGAGUAAAACCUCAUAGGACGUUCAGGUUCAAUGAAUGUGUCUGUACACCAUACAAUGCAGACUUCGAUGGAGAUGAGAUGAACCUUCACCUUCCUCAGACAGAAGAAGCAAAAGCAGAAGCACUUGUUUUAAUGGGGACUAAAGCAAACUUGGUAACACCUAGAAAUGGAGAGCCUCUUAUUGCUGCUAUUCAAGAUUUCCUCACAGGUGCUUAUGUUCUUACAUUGAAAGAUACCUUUUUUGAUCGAGCCAAAGCCUGUCAAAUUAUUGCGUCUAUCCUGGUUGGCAAGGAUGAAAAGAUCAAAGUUCGUCUUCCACCCCCAGCAAUUCUGAAGCCUGUAACACUCUGGACAGGAAAACAGGUUUUCAGCCUCAUUCUCAAACCCAGUGAUGAUUGUCCUGUAAAAGCCAACCUACGAACCAAGGGCAAACAGUAUUGUGGCAAAGGGGAGGACCUGUGUUACAAUGAUUCUUAUGUAACAAUUCAAAACAGUGAGUUAAUGAGUGGCAGUAUGGACAAAGGAACACUGGGGUCAGGAUCCAAGAACAACAUCUUCUACAUCUUGCUGAGAGACUGGGGCCAGGUGGAAGCUGCAGAUGCCAUGUCACGUCUGGCCAGACUUGCUCCAGUCUAUCUUUCUAAUCGUGGCUUUUCAAUUGGAAUUGGUGAUGUAACCCCUGGGCAGGGCCUGCUAAAAGCUAAGUAUGAGCUCCUAAAUGCUGGAUAUAAGAAAUGUGAUGAGUAUAUUGAAGCUCUCAACACUGGCAAGCUACAGCAGCAGCCUGGUUGUACUGCAGAAGAGACACUAGAGGCCUUAAUCCUUAAAGAACUGUCUGUUAUCAGAGAUCAUGCUGGCAGUGCCUGUCUCAGAGAACUGGACAAGAGCAACAGUCCCCUGAUCAUGGCUCUCUGUGGUUCUAAAGGCUCCUUCAUUAACAUAUCCCAGAUGAUUGCUUGUGUAGGGCAGCAGGCUAUCAGUGGGUCCCGUGUUCCUGAUGGGUUUGAGAACAGGUCUUUGCCUCACUUUGAGAAGCAUUCUAAGCUCCCUGCAGCAAAAGGCUUUGUUGCAAACAGCUUCUAUUCUGGGUUGACUCCCACUGAAUUUUUUUUCCACACAAUGGCUGGUCGAGAAGGUCUGGUUGAUACAGCUGUAAAAACAGCUGAAACUGGGUAUAUGCAGAGACGUUUGGUGAAAUCCCUUGAAGAUCUCUGCUCACAGUAUGAUUUAACAGUCAGAAGUUCUACUGGUGACAUUAUACAGUUUAUUUAUGGAGGAGAUGGCUUGGAUCCUGCAGCUAUGGAAGGGAAGGAUGAACCACUGGAAUUCAAGAGAGUUCUAGACAAUAUCAGGGCUGUCUAUCCGUGUCGGAGUGAACCAGCCCUUAGCAAAAAUGAAUUGGUGUUAACAUCCGAGUCCAUCAUGAAGAAGAAUGAAUUUCUUUGCUGCCAAGACAGUUUUCUGCAGGAAAUUAAAAAAUUCAUCAAAGGUGUUUCUGAGAAGAUAAAAAAAACUAGGGACAAGUAUGGGAUUAAUGACAAUGGCACAACAGAGCCAAGAGUUUUAUAUCAGUUGGAUAGGAUUACUCCAACACAACUAGAGAAGUUUCUAGAGACUUGCAGAGACAAAUACAUGAGGGCACAGAUGGAGCCUGGUUCUGCAGUAGGAGCUCUUUGUGCACAGAGCAUUGGUGAGCCUGGCACACAGAUGACUCUGAAGACUUUCCAUUUUGCUGGUGUUGCUUCAAUGAAUAUUACUUUGGGUGUGCCAAGAAUCAAAGAAAUCAUUAAUGCUUCAAAGGCUAUUAGUACCCCUAUUAUAACAGCACAGUUGGACCAAGAUGAUGAUCCUGAUUUUGCCCGUCUGGUUAAAGGAAGAAUUGAGAAAACUUUGUUAGGAGAGAUUUCUGAAUAUAUUGAGGAAGUGUUUCUUCCAGAUGACUGUUUCAUCCUAGUGAAGCUGUCUUUAGAGCGCAUUCGACUACUGAGGUUAGAGGUGAAUGCCGAGACUGUGCGCUACUCGAUUUGCGUCUCUAAACUCAGAGUGAAGCCUGGGGAUGUUGCUGUCCAUGGAGAAGCAGUUGUAUGUGUGACCCCUCGUGAAAAUAGCAAGAGUUCCAUGUAUUAUGUAUUGCAGUCCCUCAAGGAAGAGCUGCCAAAGGUUGUAGUGCAAGGCAUACCAGAGGUUUCCCGAGCUGUCAUUCAUGUCGAUGAACAAAGUGGAAAGGAAAAAUACAAACUUCUGGUUGAAGGUGAUAAUCUGCGAGCUGUUAUGGCUACUCAUGGAGUGAAAGGAACAAAAACAUCCUCUAACAACACUUAUGAGGUAGAGAAAACUCUGGGAAUUGAAGCCGCUCGGACGACCAUUAUCAAUGAGAUUCAAUACACGAUGGUGAACCAUGGCAUGAGCAUUGACAGGAGACAUGUCAUGUUAUUGUCUGAUCUAAUGACUUACAAGGGUGAAGUUCUGGGGAUUACCAGGUUUGGACUGGCAAAAAUGAAGGAAAGUGUGUUGAUGCUGGCUUCUUUUGAAAAGACUGCGGACCAUCUCUUUGAUGCUGCCUACUUUGGACAGAAGGAUUCUGUUUGUGGUGUUUCUGAGUGCAUCAUCAUGGGAAUUCCAAUGAAUAUUGGAACAGGUCUCUUUAAACUGUUACACAAAGCGGACAAAGAGUCAACCCCUCCCAGGCGGCCUCUGAUAUUUGAUCAUAAUGAAUUUCAUAUUCCCAUUGUUACAUAGCACUUGGACAGAAAACAAG